AUGUCUUCUGCUAUGAUUUCUCCAUCUGAGCUUAGCAGAUAUGCAGAUGAGUUAAUCAAAGAUCUUUCUUGUGGAUCUAGAGAUCAGGCUCGAAGGCAUCUCAGACAAAUAGGAUAUAGUGAAGAACAGGAGAAUUCUAUCAAAGAUAUGGCUCAAAGUAUUCUGAAAAAUAGUAAUUUAUCACAUAUGGAAAUAAAUGAAGAGGCAUCUUAUAUUGCUUAUUUAGGAGAUGAAGAAAUGACCGAUAUUGUCAGAUCCUCAUGA